UUGCUGCUGGGCACCGGGAGUGGGAAGGGGGUUUGGUAACCUUGUAACUCUCGUAUAAGGAAGAGCCGAGUCUUGGGAAGGAGGUGGGAGUGUCCGUGAGGAACUUGGUGAAUCAGUUCUCGCGUUUGGGGUUGCGGUGUCUAUCAGUGUCGCUUAUCGAGCUGGGAAACGUCGGUUCCUGUCUUUGCUGUGCUCCAGGGAUGCUGUGUGCCAGCUUUGAUGAACUAAAAGUGAGGGAGGGGGAAAGAUACCACUUGAGGCAUCUUUGGUAAAGUUGGAGUAGUGCUGGCAGUCCUGCUAGAAGGAAGUGGAAACAAAGUGCUUGCUCCGUUGCCUGUGACAGAGACUUGCUCGUAUUUUGCCUGGUGGGUUUUUAUUGGGAUCAUUUAGGAUACAGUCAAAGCAGGAUUGACUGUAUUAAAACUUCUCUUUUCCCAGAGGGAGAAACUGAUGUAAAUGCAGGUGACCAUGCAGAAUGCAGUUCAGGUGUGGUUUGGAGAUGACCUUCCUUUAAGUCCUCGAAGUCCUCUGACGCCCAGGCAUGGCCCAGGUCUGGCAGAUGUGUGCCUGUAUGACCAGUGGAUAUCUGUGCGGCAUGAAGCAACUUUGGUGCCUAUGCAAGAAGACCUGUCAAUCUGGCUGUCUGGCUUGCUGGGAAUAGAAGUCACAGCAGAACAACUGCUGGAAGAACUUGAUAAUGGAGUACUACUGUGCCAAUUGAUUGGUGUUCUUCAAAACACAAUUAAAAAUUCAUGUAGCUCAAAUAAUUUAAGGAAUUUUCCAAUGAGAAAAAUUCCAUGUAAGAAGGAUGCUCCAUCAGGAUCUUUUUUUGCCAGAGAUAACACAGCCAACUUUCUUAACUGGUGUAGGGCCAUUGGAGUUGAUGAGACGUACCUCUUUGAAUCUGAAGGUUUAGUUUUGCACAAGGAUCCAAGACAAGUGUAUCUUUGUUUGUUGGAAAUUGGACGCAUUGUAUCCAGAUAUGGAGUUGAACCUCCUGUGCUAGUAAAACUGGAGAAGGAAAUUGAGCUAGAAGAAACACUGCUAAGGACCUCUGGACCAGCAUCACCUGUUAACACAGCAAAGUCAUGUUGCCACCAUGGCGAGUUACAUGAGGCUGUUAAACACAUAGCAGAAGAUCCACCCUGCAGCUGCUCCCAUCGAUUUUCCAUUGAAUACUUAUCUGAGGGACGUUAUAGAUUGGGAGAUAAAAUAUUAUUCAUACGAAUGCUACAUGGCAAACAUGUGAUGGUCCGUGUUGGUGGAGGCUGGGACACACUCCAAGGCUUUCUGCUUAAAUAUGAUCCCUGCCGAGUGCUUCAGUUUGCAACUCUGGAACAAAAGAUCUUGGCGUUUCAGAAGGGGGUCACCAGUGACAAUAUCUCCAACUCACCAGCCAGAAUUCAGGAACCUCCUGUCAUGAACCCAAUGUCAGCUGUCAGUAUGUUUCAAAAGCAGCCAGCAAACACCCCUACUCCUGUUCCAGCCGCAAAGGCUAUCCAUGGGGCAACAGCUAAGAAGCCUUUAUCUAAACGUCCUCAGUCUCCUGCCCUGACGUCACCAAAGGUGCCAGUGCACACAUCCUCUGCUGCAAAGUUGUCAGCCAGACCCAAACUAACAGAUGCUCAUUCUCCUUUCAAACCAUUGAUGGGCACCUCAAAGAAAUUGGACUCUCCCGCACACCACUCGCCAGCUCCUAUUCCUUCGCUGCCUGCAAGCAAGAGUUCUUUGUCUACAAGGUCAAGAACAGCUCUUGUUCACUCUGAAACAUUACGCAAACGUAUUCGUUCCCCUGAUGCCCCAAAGGUGAGAUUUGCCCCAGCCCAAGGCACCCCAGCAAGAGGGUUGCAUUCUGCACUUUCAGCAUCUAAGAAACAGUUGGCUCAGUUGCCUGAAACAACUGAAACAUUGUCUUCGAAACAGAAGUGUGUCCCCUCUAAAUCUAAACCUGUAUCUGCUACUAAAACAAAAGUAAAUUCUGUUGCUCCAAGGCCAGCUCGGCCACCUGUUACCAAUCUGCGUGCUGUUGCCAAGUUUGCACAUUCCCAGCAGCUCUAUGUGAAACCUCCUUCUGAAAAUACUACUCUGGCAUCAGGAUCUGGGUCUCAGCAUCCUCGGAAAGCUCCACAAACAGCUUCUGACCUGACAAGGAACCCGAAGACUGCUUCAAUCCUAAAGCACUCAGCUUCUGUACCUUCCCUGGCAGUUAGUAAAGCACUUAAGUCACCUCCUACGCUGGGAUCUGCAAGCAAAAAUCUAACAGCAUCUGUCAAUAAGACACCAACUACAGAGCAUCUACAGACCCAAAAUGUCAAUAAGCCCCUUGAGGUUGAGCCCUCCUCAUCCAAACCUCCUGAGCGCACUCCACUCUCUGUUGUGCGGCUUCCUCAAACUUCAGCCAAAGUGGCAGUGACCAAAAAAGCAGCGCAGCCCUCCACAAAAAAUCAGCCUUCAAACAGAGACUUGCAAGCCAAUGGAAACUUGGUCCCAGCAGCCAAGAAACCUCUCUCUAAAGGAAAAUCAGCAACAGCUUGUAACAAAGGAGCACCUAGUGCGUCAAAAGGGCCUCUUCAGAAGAGCAAACAUGAUGAUCAUUAUUUUGUUAUGACGGGGAGUAAAAAGCCCAGAAAGUAAACCUAUUUGUUAAUCUUCUGCGUGGGGAAGUCCCACUAAUGUUCAAAUGGGCAUCUGAAAAUUGCUACACUGAGGAAAGUUAAAUAACACUACAUGUGCCAUGCCAAAUGUUAGGCAUAAUUACAUUUUGCUGCAUAACUUGCAGUAAUAACGGUAUUUAUUUUGAAGUUUUAAUACUUUAUUAGAUAUAUUAUAUCAUAUUAUAUUAGAGGUAAGCUUGCUUGCACUGUGGAAUAACCUUUUUUGCUGCUAGCCUGACCUGCUGUGGGGAAAGGCAGGAGAGAGGAAGGGGAGCUGGGAAUGCUGCUGCUGUUUGUUUUCCAGGGAGUUAAGCUGAGCAAUUCUGGUUGUUCUUAGCACAUCUGUAUCAGGGCCUGUGGCAAGUGAUAGAGCUGUGCUUAUGCUGUAAAAUUUCUAAUACCUCAAAUAAAAUUGUUAUGGGUUUUUUUCCCUUUUAUUGUUUAGUUUUUAAGUUUGAUAGUGUUCCAGGACCCCAAAUCUGGGUCUUCUGUGUGUAUUAGAAAUGUUGGAAGACUUUGGUUUUUUGUUUUUCUUUGCUCCAAGGUAGUAAGGUGUUGGCACAGGCUGCCCAGAGAGCUGUGGGUGCCCCAUCUCUGGAGGUGCUUAAAGCAUUGGUCCCUGGGCAGCCUGAGCUGGUGGGUGGCAGCCCUGCUCACCACACAGGUUAGCACUGGAUAGGCUUUAUGUCCCUCUCAGCCUAUGCCGUUCUAUGAUUUGAGAUUUUGAAUUUGAAUUUCUAGUCUUGUUCAGUUUGCUGCACCUGUCAGAAUUCACUGUUCCCCUACAUGCCUUAACAUGGCUCCUGCUUGCUUGGGCAUGGAGCCUUGGCUGCCAUUAAAUUGUGCACUGAAAAUUGUGGCCUUGAUCACACUUGUGCCUUAGCAGUGCUACUUGUAAAGGCCUAGGGAGACAACUUUGCUUAGUAUAUGCUCCAGUGUGAGUACAGAUAAGCCUAUUUUUUUCCUAGGAAGCUCUUGCUGCAUGGGGAGAAGUACCUGAGUUUCAGGAUGGACCCCAUGGAGCUGGCACAGGGCCUGCUCAGAACAGAGCGUUGCUGCUCUACAGGAGUGGCCUUUUUUCAUAUAACUGAACUGCUGAAUUGGUGCUUGAGGUUUAUUUGUGUGGGCAGUCUUGGUCUGUGUUGGCCUUUAUUUUGUUUAUGGAGACCUUGCUACUGGUUCUCCUGUAUUACUUUUCCAGAGGUGAGGAGUCAUUUCCCAAAGAGCUAACAAGGCCCUAUAUUUGCCUUAAUGCCUUUGAAAGUGCCACAGGAUUAAGUGCCAUUUAAUCUCAAGUCCUGUGGGCUCUUAGUGGGUCUGUGGAGCUCAACAGAAAUGAGCUUCAUGGUAGAUGAAUAAAAACUACUGUCCCUGGAGGAAGAAUUAAGAUAUUUUAGGUUUAAUGGUCAGUACAGUGAAUGUCAAGGAACUCUCAGGUUCUGUGGAGAGACACUGCAACUGCUGACUUCUACAGGCUGUUGUUACUCCUGCUGUCAGGAUAUUUACUUAUGGGUAGAAGAGAUGUGGAAACUGCAGCUUCUGAUGCUGUAUGUUGAAUACUUUUUUUCCUGGAACUAGGAUAAGCAAGCAUUGUAAACUAAUAAUGAAUUUUCACAUGCACUGGUGACAUUAUCAUACUACCUUUCUGAGCACCCUGUUAGCUUCAGUUAUUUAUCAUUCUAAUUGUGCAUCUCUACUGUACAAUUCUAUUUACAACCUGCUGGGAGUAAACCGAAAAUAACAGUAUACAGACUGUUGGAGGAAAACAUCAAUUUCAAUAAUAUAAACAGCUCCCACAAACUUAUGUUCAAAGUUAUUUGUGUGGGGAAGGCCUUAUUGCUCAUUUAUUUUAUAUAAAAUAAAUGGUCAAAGACACUACUGCAAAUUUGAAGAAGAGUAUUGAUUGUAGGGGAGCUAGGUUAAAAUUGACAUGCUGUUUCAUACUCUGAAAGCAUUUUGCAGUAGAUGACCUGUUUUUGAUUUUGAGCUCCCAUAUGGUGAGCCGUGAUGAGAUAUCCCAUGCUAUAGAUGAAGUGGGGUUUCUUUCUUUAUUGAGUUUGAUUGGAAUGGAGUUCACUUUUUUCAUAGGAGCUCAAAUGAUGCUGUGUUCUGGAUCUGUAGCUGAUGCAGAGCUGAUAGCACAGCAGGAUUUGGGCAGUUGCCAAAAUCUGUUUGCACAGCAUCAGGGCUUGCUUUUUUUCCUCAUGCUUACCCUGACAGCAAGUGGGUUGGGAGUGGGUGCUUGGCUUCUCGCUGGGUUCAACAAUCCUCAAUGCUUUUUGAACUGUUUACAAGUUCCACAGUACUACUAUAAACACCAAGACUCUUGAAUCCCAGAGUAACAGUUAUCUCAGCAUCUACCUUUAAGAACAACUACUUGAGAGAAAGUGGAGGGUUUCAACUUUGUAGUCUUAUCUCAUGUAAUAGAUAUAAUGACUUUGUCAUUCAAAGUGUAAACAGGCACUGAAAAGGGGAGGGAAAAAAAAGUCAUUUUACUGUUGAAAACUCAAACAGUAAAUCUAGCAGUAAAUGUGCUAUGUAUGGGUUAGCUUGGUUUGGUUUUUAACUACAAAAAUAGUGUAAGUAAGAUCUAACUUGCGCAAAUAAUUGCAGUCUUCAACUUUUUAUUCAGUCAUGUUAUAACUGGUAAUGUCAUGUGGCACAAGGGAAGACAAUAAUCGAAAUGUAACAAAAUACCUCCUGCUGAAAAUACUCUUUUCACGAUGUUUAUAUUGCCAAACAGUAAAUCUGAUCUUCAACUUGUAUUACUUUUCAUGUGGGAAAGAUUACUUGGAACAAGAAUAUUACUGAAUUCUCCAUAUACUUUUGAUGUCUUUGAGUACUUAUUCUAAAUAAACAUAUACUGCACCUUUUUA